AUGGAUCAGCUAAACGGAAAGGAACAACAGGAGUUCCAGAAGAUUGUGGAACAAAAGCAAAUGUCUGAUUUCAUGAGACUUUACACAAACUUGGUCGACAGAUGUUUCAACGACUGUGUCAACGACUUCACAUCCAACAAGCUCACCGGUAAGGAAGAGUCUUGUCUCUCCAAGUGCGCGGAGAAGUUCCUGAAGCACAGCGAACGUGUUGGAGCCAGGUUCCAAGAGCAAAACCAGAUUUUGAUGGACCAAAUGAGGCGUUAA